CUCCCACAUAGUAACCACUUUCGAGGUCCGUCGGUUGACAAGGUGGAAAAACGAAAGAAAAGUUGUCUUCUAGCGUCAGUUUUGAUGACCGUUUGGUGAUGACGCGCUUGGAUUUGGGGCACGUGUCCACCUGCCCUUGUGAAACUCAACAGAAAUGAGUAAAGACAACCCACGGAUCGAAAUGGACCUGGUCUUUGGAUCAGCCAAGUCCUACGGGGCCUCGAGAAGUAUAGUGAGGAGAAUAGCUUCCAGUCUUCCUUUUAAUCCCUGUCCUCGGGUUCAUUUUCAGCUUUAUCCAUACAGUGAAGACGCUGGUGUCCUAAUUGCCGCCAGAAGGCAGAAUGGCUUGGUGGCCUCUCUGGCUGAUGUCGCCUGGAUCGACGAAGAAGACGAAGACUCCUUUAGUGGACCCAGGUCAGUGAUCCCUCGGGGGCUUGUGUUUCGAGCCUGCCGGCCUCAUCUUCAGAGACAACCCUUAACCCGCCAAAGGUCACUACCAAGCCUGCAUCCGGGGACUCCGGACCCCCAGGGGCCGACAACUGUCAACGAUGAGGCCAUUCAGAAGAUCGGUGCACUGGAGACGGAACUUGCUAAACUCAAAUCUCAGAUAGCACUAAUCGUAUUGGCUCAGGAAAAGAACUCUCAGCCAGCUGCUACCACAGGGAUACCUCCCCCUCCACCCUGUGGCACCCUGCCUCCCCCGCCUCCUCCUCCUCCUCCACCGCCACUUCCUCCACCCUUUAGUCUUCAGCGGACAUUUUCUGUCAUUGACUUGAUAAAGGAGCGCAGGGGAUUGAAGACAGACAGCCAGAAAGUUUUGGAUUCAAAGUCAGCAGAAAUUCCCAGCAUGCUUGAUGUCCUGAAAGACAUGAGCAAAAUCAAAUUGCGAUCCGUCAAAAGUCGGCCAGUGGACGGUGAAGCCAAAGGGAAAUCCAGCGAGCCUCUAGACGCUGCAACGCUCAUCGCCGAGGCCCUGAAACGCAAGUUUGCCCAUCGCUAUCGACACGACAGUGAACAAGGAGACCAAGAGGAUUUCAAACUUCCCGUUCCACAAGUGAAACCUCCAACUGAAACCCCUUUGUUUGGGCAGCACAUGUUGAAAUCAACUGGGGAAAAAGGAGUUGCUCUGAUCAUCUGAUUCUGAUCUCGAGGUCCAGAUGUGCUGCGGAGACUUUGAAGUGCCUCUCCCGCCCUCUCAACGUGAGCUGUUUCUGUGGAAGAACAAGGGAUUCUGCCUGAAGUAGUUGACACGUUUCAGUCAUCUGUGUUGCAUCCAAGUCAUCGACAACAUCUGUUGUUUUGCACUUUUCUAAAUUAUAUUAGCGUUCUUUUAAAAACAAGAUUAUUUUUGUUCAACUGAACGUCUUUUUAUUUUUAAGUUGAAUAGUUACAACUUCUGUUCUGAGUGACGGAGGCAAUGCUACAUAAUUGAAUAACACUUAGUUGUAUUGCUCAAUCAUAAUUAGGUUUGUUGUUAAACUUGUUGCAUAUCGCAUAUUUGGUCAUGUGUGCGUUCCCAUUUUAAGUCUCAGUGGAAACUGAAGAGUUCCUCAACCAACUAAGAAAGGGAGCACCUAGUUCCUCAAGGAAUAUUGUUUAUACAUGUAUGAUAGACUAAUUUAUGAUUGGGAUUCUUCUAUUUAUGUUGUGGUUUAAGUGAGAAUUAAGAUUUUAACACUUGUGAUAGAUUUGUCCGUUAAUAUUUCCAAGUGGCUUUUAGACAGUGUUGUACUUUAUCCGUGUCCCUGUUGCCAGUCUCGUGUCUUUCUGGUUUUAGUUGACAUUACUUUUCUCUGUAGUACGAUCUGUUUAAGAGCCAAAGACAUUCCAGUGAUGAUCUGCGAGAUUCUGCCUUUCUCUGCCAAAUAUCUUUUCGUUUCUCAAUCAUUUAAAUAGGGAGGAAGCCCGAGACUGUAACUGAAGCAAACUUCAUGCUUCUUGUUUAGUUUAUUGAAGGUACAGGCGCAUAUGCAAGGUUUUAUUGUAUUAUCAUUUAAAGAAUUACAGUUCAACAAUCAGUAAAGAAAUACUAGUUUCUAUAUAAAACAUUUUAGUCAUGGGUCCGAUCUGUAUUCCAAAGGUAUAAAAUGCUUUUGUAAUCACAUUUUCAGGCCCCAGUUUGAAAAGACAGAGCCUCUGGGCCUUUGAGGGUUCUUAGUUAUGACUGCUCAUGGUUUCCAGUUCUGUUCAUCAUGCCAGUGUAGUUGCUGCUUCAAGUCAACUCUCCUCGUAUAUCUUUAUAUUAUGGAACAUGGACUGCAGGUGUCAAGGACUUUUGUAGAAAAAUCAUACAUUUUAAUUGUCAAAUCUCUAAAUAAAAGUGUCUGUCCCAA